UCUUCACACUCUCUACCAAUCAUUCUUUCUUUCUCUUUCCUUCUUUCUUUCUUUUCUUUAUUUCUCUCUCUCUCUCUCUCUCUCUCUCUCUCUCUCUCUCUCUCUCUCUCUCUUUCUCUCUCUCUCUGCUCAUCCUGCCUCUCUCUCUACCUCAACGUUCAGAACAGGGUUGUGUAUUGUCGGGGUUGAGGAGGGACCAUGCAGCAUCCUGGAGGAACAUGCGUGGCAUUGCCCAAUGUGGAUGCCUGUCCUCAGCUGUCCUGUGCCGCCCUCACCUUCAUGUAUUUACAGCAGGGAACCCAGGACACACCGGCACCUCCGGAUCCAUCCAUUGCCCAGGCUUACCCAUCGGCCCAGUUUGCCCCCCCUCCCCAGAACGGCAUUCCAACUGAGUUCACAGCUUCACAUAGCCAUCCGCAUCCCCACUCCCACCCACAUCCACACCAGCACCCAGCAGCACCACAGGACUACACCGGGAUCCAGGCCUCAGUCAGUGAGCAUCAGCUCAACAUGUACCAGUCCUCACAGAGCCACAGUGAGCAGAGCGGGUCAGACUCUUGCAGUCAGACGAUCACCGGCACAGCAACACAGACAGAUGAUGCAGCCCAGACAGAUAGUCAGCCACCAACACAGACAGUACCUGAAAGCACAGACAGCAAGGCCCAGCCGAAGAGACUUCAUGUCUCCAACAUCCCCUUCAGGUUUAGAGACCCAGACCUCAGGCAAAUGUUCGGGCAAUUUGGCAAAAUCUUAGAUGUGGAAAUCAUCUUCAACGAGCGCGGUUCUAAGGGUUUUGGGUUCGUAACGUUCGAGUAUAGCGUGGAUGCAGACAGGGCCAGAGAGAAAUUACAUGGCACCGUGGUAGAAGGCCGUAAAAUAGAGGUCAACAAUGCAACAGCCCGCGUAAUGACGAAUAAGAAGACUGUCAACCCAUAUGCAAAUGGCUGGAAGCUAAAUCCAGUGGUCAGCGCUGUCUACAGCCCAGAAUUCUAUGCAGUACCAGGUUUUCCCUAUCCAGCAGCCAGUGCAGCAGCAGCGUACAGAGGAGCCCACCUACGAGGUCGAGGACGGACCGUGUACAACACAUUCAGGGCAGCUGCUCCACCUCCCCACAUUCCAGCUUACGGAGGUGUUGUUUACCAGGAUGGAUUUUAUGGUGCAGAUAUUUAUGGUGGUUACGCUGCCUACAGAUACGCCCAGCCUACUGCUGCCACAGCUGCUGCAUACAGUGACAGUUACGGACGAGUAUAUGCUGCCGACCCCUACAACCAUGCACUCACUCCAGCAGCCACAUACAGCGUUGGUGCCAUGCUGUUGGCAUGUACCCCUGGCAUGAAGCGUCUCGCUGUGCUUGCUGCAUGACGAUUGCUCCGGUCAUUGGUCUAUUCAUCCCCCAUGGGUUUGCACUGGAAUAACGGUAACGUAAUGUUGAAACUUUGGUUUGAAGUUUGUGCAGGACCGAGAGGGGCUAACAAGGUUUGUGUGUGUGUGUCCGUGUGUGUGUGUGUGUGUGUGUGUGUGUGUGUUUUCAUGCCCUUUUUUGUAUGUUGACCUUGGUGUUUCAAUAAAUAUUUGGGUAUGUGCUUUUGCAUUUUCUUGUGGGUAUAUGUAUGUCUGUGCGUGUGUAUGUGUGUGUGUGUUUUUUUAUGUGUGUGUGUGUGUGUGUGUGUGCGUAUGGUUGUGUUGCUGUGUUUGUACAUGUAUGUGUGUGUUUCAGAAUGCAUUCGCCCCGCUGACAGAUGCCAAAACUCGGAGCCAUGCCGACGACGUGGGGCUAGUGCUCUCCUCUCUCCAAGCAAGUAUAUACCGUGGGGGCUACAGCCGCUUCGCACCCUAUUAGCAACACCUCCAACCCAUACUCAACCUUCCAACAAGAGAGACAGAAAGUGUGUGUGAGAGCGAGUGUGUGAGCGAAUGAGAAUGACAGAGAAACUGAGUUAUCAGAGGAGAGAUGUUAUUGAGGCCCGGGUAUUGCAAUACAUGCAGUUUGUGCAUCAUUUCAGCAUCUCCUAAGAGAGAAGUAAGAAAAAAGAAUACGAAUGAAAUGACAGCUGAUAUUUUUCAUCUUAUACCUCAGAUAUUUUGUGCUGUGUAUUUUGAUAUUGUGGGUUUUUAAUUUCUAAAGAUUUAAACAUAGAUUAUCAGCUGUAGAGCUUUUCCAUGGUACUAAUAGAGAGCUACUAGUAAUGAUUAGGACACAAAGGAAAUAUUUAUCUGAUACAAAUUGUUAGGGCUUGUAUAGAACUCCAACCCUGAAAGAUAGGUCAUAGUCAAACUUCCGGGUUUUUAUGUUUUGUAAGUGUUAAAGUGACUAUGAUAGUCAAGUGCUGUUGUUUUACUUCUCUCAGCUUCCUUUGGCACUUCCUCCUCUAAUAAUAGUUAUUUUUUUCUGUUGUUUUAAGAGGAAGUAAAGAAGCCUCGGAAAAACUUUUUUUUCCCUUUUGAGGGCAGGGUUGGUAUGUUUGAGAAGCUGAGGGCAGCCAGGAUUUCUAUUUUUAAGUUUACAAUCUUGAGAUCACAACUUUUUUAUCUUGUUACCUCGAGAAUAGACUUUUGCUUGUGACUCUAACUUCAUUAUCUUCACAUGCUGAUAAUAAUUUUGAAAAAAAAAUAAUAAUUCCCUCCAAAAAGAGAAUCCUGUGUAGUCCUUGUGUAAUCAUGAAAUUUGCACAUAUUGUAGCUCAAUCUGUGUAACAUGAAGUCUUCAUUUUGUUUGUUUCUGAACAUAUGACACUGCAUUACAUUCACAAAGAAGGGAAAUGUGUUAACACUUACAAUAACCAUCAUUAGUAAUUGCUACAUUUAAUAGAUAAUCGUUAUGUCACUAUUAACAAAGAAUGUAAUGCUUUAUAAAGUGUUGUUUAUGUUUAUAAACGCUUAAAACCGCCUAAUAAACACUUUAUAAUGGCCAAUAAAUAAUAGUGUAUAAAUGAAACAUACAGUAUGUAUUAAGAUGUUAUUUUUAGAAUAUAUUAUUAAAUGAACAAAUAGAAAACAAUGUUUAACAAAUGGUUUAUACAACAUUUCAAUGUGUUUUGAUAGUGAAUUAAUUAUUAACUAAAGUUGUAUUACUAUUUUAAAAAUGAUAAAUCCAGCAUUUAUUGAUGAUGGUUAUUUAAAGAGUUACUGAAAAUGUCCAUAUGAUUCUGAUUUUGUUGAUUCAUUUUUCAAGCAUAAAUAUUUUCCAACAUUCAGUGCCCACAGACAUUGAUUUUGGGGCCAAAUCUGAUUGGUCAGUCAUGCAUGUUGUUUAGCCUGUCUCUUUAACAGCUCGUGUUGGUUGUACAUAAUGCCACAUGCAUUCCAUUUGUUAAAUCUCUCCCAUUCAGCUCGCAGGUUAAAUUUGGCUGAGAGUUGCCAAUGUAGUAAUAAUAACUAUAUGGCAUCUUUAAAAUAUUUUUUAACUUGUAUAAAUACAUUAUGGCUCUUGCUUGUUUGCAGCACCCAACAGCAGGUGAACUUGAACCCAAAUUGUGUAAUAGUGCAAUCCAAUAAGUACAACUCAUUGCGAGUAGUUUUUUGACUGAUCACUUAAUGCUCAUACAGCAUCUGAACUUGUGAGCUCACAGUGAUUGACAGAUAGUAUAAAUAUUAUGGGCAUAAAUAUUACGCUCAACACUAAUACAUAGCCGCUAACAUUAAAUAAAGACUCAACACGCCUAUUAUGAACUGAUCAGAAUGGUGCUCCAUUGCAUGCAUGCAAUGGGUGGAGUAUUUUUGCAUGCUACCACGAAAAUUAGCAUUGCAACAACAAGCUUCCAUGAUUUUUGGAUUAGAUGUGGGAUCAUUGCAGAACAUGUACGUGUGGCAAAUGAAUAUUUAUGGUACUUACACAUUUUGUUCAGCAACAUAGUCUUAACAAAUGAACACAACUUUUAUAAUUCUAUUUUGUGUAAAUUGAAUAACCCGAAGUCAAAGGCUUCAACAUCACAACCACUAAGCUUAUUACCACACUAUAUUAUACAUACAUUAGUAUACAUUUCUCAAUCUACAAGUUGGACAGUUAGAGUUAAAAUAGUUUGCAAUGAUUGUCAGCCUGUAAAGACUGACUAGUGAGAAGCUGAGACUCCAUGUUCAGUUGGAUGACGUUUAAUGUCCCCAAUAACCUCUGUAGUCUCAUUUAGCCACUUGUUAGCCACCGCCUUUUUAACGAUACAUACACUCUUUAUAUGAGGGAUACUUACUGACGUAGUUUAUGUCAUACAAUAAAACGUGUGUGUUAAGCAUACCUUAUUUCAGGGAUUUAACUACAGCAUCAGCUUCUAUGGUUCCAUUGAUUGGAGAGGUUGACAAUAAUUACCCACAGUAAUCAUCAUAAACAUCUCAUCAUCAUUCCUUUUUUCCCCCUGGUGAAUGCAAAUCAUUUUUAUGAUAGUAAGAUUCUUAGUUAUAACAAGAUGCUUCCUUACCUUGAUGACAAAAAUGCAACAAAUUGUUUCUCUAAUAAUGGGAUCGUCGCUCUUCCAUAGUUAUCUUUAUCCCUUAAAAAAAAACAAACCAAAAUUACAGUACAAAAUGAGCAAUCGCAGCUGCUCCCAGCUUCCAUAGAUUAUAGAGGUGUAGUUUAGUUUUCUUUUUUGGGGAGAGAAUGGUGUGAGUCACCGCGGUAUUCUCUCUCCACUCGUAGAUUUACUGACUAAAUAAUGUGGUUUUAUCUUACAUCACUUCAAGCCAAAGGAACUGGUGGAUAUAUCUGGCGUGUUUAUGUGUAUAGUCAAGAUUCUACAUAGAUAUGAAUUAUGAGAUUUAAAAAAAAAAAAAAAAAGGAUUGCCAUGGCAACUAAACUGUUCAACAAUCCAAUUGCUUUGUGCACAUGCUGGGAUAUGAAAAAGAAUUAGGGCCACAAGUAAAAAAGAAAAAAAAGGAUUAAUGAAAAUUGACAUUAAUUGAAUUAGUCUAAGGAAGAGAUCGACCUUGAGGGGUAGAAAGUCAGACUUCAAUCACAGAAUUCUGACUCAUAUACGAAGAUUACAUGUUUUGUGGCACUAAUCCUCUUCCAUACAAAGUAAUGUUGGCCAUCCAGACGUAUGUUACGCUGUUUUUUAUAUAAACUUCCAAUAUAUUCAUUGGUAUAACUGAUGAUUUUUAUAUUACAGGAGAGAUUUAAAAUAUAUAUAUAGCAGUGGCCAAUGCCACUGUGUCUAUUUUAUCUUUUUGUUCAUUUUGUUUUGCCUUGUUUUUUUAUUUUAUUUUUUAUUAUAAUUAAAAUUAAAGGGGGGAUAAAGUGUAAUAAUGUAACAAUGUAUUCUAUUUGAACUGUGCAGUGAAGAUGUUCUCUUAUAUGAAAUACACAAUGGUAUGUUUUAGAUUUAGAUAAGUAGAUCAGUUGUUAGGGCGAGCUAUCUCAUUUUCUAUCAAAUCUUAUCCAAAUUUUUAUUCAUUCUUUUCAGAUGAUGUAAUCACAAUGUAGAUACUCUAAUUCAUGGAUUUGUUUUGUCAGCUGUACCAUUUUGCACAUGUAAUUUUCACAUAAACCUGAGACAUAUCAGUGCUGUAGUUGUAUUUUUUUCGCUGUUUCUUUUGAUCAGUUCUAUAAUUUGUGAUUCUUUCUCCUCUUCUCACGUCAAUCUUAAUGUGACAUAAUUUCUGUUGUUUUCUAGAAACUCAAACUUUACUCUUUGAGAAUUAACUGUUUGAAUAUUACAAUAAUAAAUAAAUAUGAGAAAUAAAUGAUUUGUGAACAGGCUAAUCUAUGAUGUAUAUAGAAGUUAAAGGAAUAAUUCUGUAGUGUAUUUGAAAAGCGCUACACAGGCAACAGGAGCUCUGCUACAGCUGCAUUGCAAGACAGCCUACAGGUUGCUUCCUGUGCCACAUUCUGUUUACAACUAUUCCCAAUUAGUGGUGUUGUUAAAUAUCUCCCGUUUUGUAUUUAUAACAAAUUAGAUAAGAAAAACUCUGAGAUGCACCCCAUUAUAAAAAAAGGCAGCAGUAAGCCUCAGGGCAACAUUGCUCCGCUGGUUCCAAACUUUGUCUGUGUGCUGCGUGUGACAACCGUCAAUCAGAACUUGGACAACUUGUAGUCCUCUCUAUGCUGAAUGUCUGACUCCGCAACUACUUCAUACAAUCUCUGCUUCCAGUAGCUGUUGUGGUUCAAAAAAAAAUGCUUCCUACCCAGUCAUUGUAUGUGCAUGUACUACGGUUCUUCCACUAAUCAAUAACCAUCAAUAAAGUUUUGUUUUCUCAA